CUCCACCGCUCCAUUCACACAUUCAUCUGCAUGCAUCGUCAUAGAGACAGAGGAAGUGAGCGAGAGCGUCCUCAUUCAUAAAAAAAAAAAAGUUCAUUCAUAAAAGCUGCACAAUUCUGCUGAGCCUCAGAAAGCAAAGACAGGAGGAGAGGAAAGUUGAUGAAGCAGAGCUGGACGCCUGGCAGCUGACUGAGAAAGUGUCCAGGUCAGUAGGAUGGAACUCAGCGUGAGCAGAGCGGAGCAGACUGGACUUUAAAGCACACAGGACGCCUCCCAGUCCCACUCUGUUUUCUCCUCCCUGAUUAUGAGAGAGCAAACCUUACCCAGGUUCAAAUCACAGUCAGGACUCUUACCAGGCAGGUAUGCUGAAGCGCACUAAAUACAGCCGUCUGCGCAACGACUCGCUGACAUCUCUGGAGGAUCAUCCGCAAAGAAUGCUACCACUGAAGGGGGACUUUUGCUUGGACUCUGAUUUUGCUCAGCUGGAUCCCGGGACACCUGCGCACCAGGGAGCAUCCACCCUGAGGGACUUCAUCCCCCGAGUGGCCAACAUCCGACUGCAGAGCCCCAUUUCCCUGCGAGGCCUGAGGGGACAGACGGGCAGGGACAGAGCUGUCAGCAGCAAACCCUCCUCCAGGACUGAGAGAUUCUGCAGCCACCCUUCCUUCAGCGUCCCCCCGUCGACCGGCCUCAUCCACCCGGCUCUACGCUGCAUGAAGAGACCCAUCACCCUGCAUCGGAUGGCCAGCCUGCCCUGGACCCCCGGCUGUCCUCCCUGCUCCCCACACGGAGACAAUCUGUGCUGUUUGAAGACUUCCUCUGCAGCCGAUGACAGCAGAGCGGUUCACCAUCACAUCAAGUACAUGGGCAGCGUGGAGGUGACCCAGUCCAUGAGAACCCUCAACUUUAACACGAGAAUGCAAGUCACAAGGGAGGCGAUCAGCAGACUGUGUGAGAGGACAUCAGCCAAAACAGCAGUAAAAACUAAAAGGCCUGUAUGUAAGAGCCUGUCGGCUGUUCUGGGUCAAAUCAACCUGCAGUUUUCUGGCAGCAGAGUCAUCGUCACCGUCUCCACAGACAGUGUGACUCUGAUCUCUGCCUCGUCUUUACAGAAGAUUGCCCGACACCCCAUGCAGGCCAUUUCGUUUGCCUCAGGAGGAGACCCGGACAUGGUGGAUUACAUCGCUUACGUUGCCAAGGACCUCGUCGAUCAGAGAGCCUGUCACAUCCUGGAGUGUCCUCAUGGUCGGGCCUCUGAGGUCAUCAACAGCAUCGGUCGGGCCUUCGAGACUCGCUUCAGACAACUCCUCAGUCAAACGCCGCCGCUGCUCUCCACCAGUCCCAGCUCAGCGGUGAGAAUCUGCCACAAACGGAGCCCAGACGAGACGAUAAAACACCAGAAAGCCAAGAAGGAAGGUGAGGUCGUCGAACGCCGUGACUACUACAACGUCAUCCCAGGAAAGACGCCUCCUCCUGGUGGAAUAGAAGAUCUACGGAUCACAAGGGAGGAGAACAAACAAGAAGCUGACUUACAGAGGGUCUGUUUGUCUCCACCGGUUUCCCUCUAUGAGAACUGCUCUGUCACUGAAGAGGCUCCAGCUCCACCUGCAGUGCGAUCUGACAUUGAACAGUUCCCUCCUCUGUCUGAGACUCGUGUCCAGAACCCGAUCCAGGAAGAAGAAUGGUUCCACGGCAGGUUAGGAAGGGAGCAGGCCGAGUCCCUCCUCACCUGUAGUGGAGAUUUCCUGGUCAGAGAGAGCAGCUCAGCCUCCGGUCAGUACGUCCUCAGCGGUAUGGAGGGAGCCACGGUGAGACACCUGCUGCUGGUGGACCCACAUGGACAGGUGCGAACACGUGACCAGGUGUUUCUGAGCGUAGGCCACCUUGUGAGGUUCCACAUGGAGAACCAGAUGCCCAUCGUCUCUGGAAGCAGCGAGCUGUGUCUCAAACAGCCGAUCCUGCAGUCGCACUAACAUCCACAGAGUGAGGCACAAUGCAAAAACACUUCAAACCCUUCUGCUGCCUGAAAUAUUAAAAACAGAUGAGUCCUGUCAACACGCCAAACUUCAUUUCCUGGGGCGAUUAGUGAAAACUGCCUCAGCUUGUUGGGACAAUAUUGCGUUAUCUGGUCAUUCUAAUACUGUGUCAGUUUGAUUUUUCUAACAUGAGUAAAUUCUCAACUCCC